CCGCCCCCGCCCCCGCCCCCGCGGGCUCGGCUCCCGGCGGGCAGCGCGCGGCGCUGCGCGGGGCGCGCGGGGCCGGUGGCGGCCGCCAUGUCCCGCCGGGUCCCGGCUCAGGGCACCCCCCGGCGCAGGGCAGCGCAGGCCAUGGGGCCGCGGGCCGCGGCAGGGCAGGUGAAGGCCCAGCAGCUGCAGGAGCUGUGGAGCCGGACGGAGAGGGCCGAGCGGCGGCUGCUGGCCUGCGAGAACCUGGUCGGGGAGCUGGGCAGCAACCUGGCCGCGCUGGGCAGCCUCCUCCAGGAGAACGGGCACCUCCGGCAGCGCCUGGACAACGUGGAGAACCUCCUGAAGAACAGGAACUUCUGGAUCCUGCGGCUGCCCCCCGACUCCCGAGGCGAGGUUCCCAAGGUACCGGUGACAUUCGAUGACAUUUCGGUGUACUUCAAUGAGCAGGAAUGGGAGAGGCUGGACCGCUGGCAGAAGGACCUGUACAGGGCUGUGAUGAGGGGAAACUACGAGACGCUGAUCUCCCUGGACUAUGCCGUGUCCAAGCCCGACAUCCUGUCCCGGAUCGAGAGGGACGAAGAGCUCUGUGUCAGAGACGGUCACACCGAAGAGGGUCAGGAGCCCCCGCGGACGCAUAUCGAAGAGGGUCAGGAGCACCCCCCGGCGUGUACCAGAGAGGGUGGGGAGCCCCCGCAGCCACCAGAAGGGACGGAUGAGAUGGAGGAGGCUUUGGGAGGAGAGGAAGUCCCCGUGGCAGCUGGCACAGGUAGGUCAGACUGUGCUGUGUCCAAGCCUGACGUCCUGUCCCGGAUCGAGAGGGACAAAGAGCUCUGCGUCAGAGGCAGUGAGGAGCCCCCGCGGACACACGUCAAAGAGAGUCAGGAGGCCCCACAGACGCACACUGAGGACAAUCAGGAGCCCCUGCAGACACGUACUGGAGACAGUCGGGAGCCCCUGCAGCCACCAGAAGAGAUGGGCAAGAAGAAAGAGGCUCUGGGAGAAGAUAAAGCCCCUGCAGAAGCUGGCACGGGUCUCCCCAUCCUGGUGAUGAAUGUCAUGUCCCUGAGUGCGCAAAAAGCGGAGCCGCGCAGGGAAGAUCAGCCCAAGGCAGAGAUGGAAGAGGACCCAUCUGAGUCCAGCACCGAGGAAGGCUUUUUACUGGGAGAUGAAAUGGAGUGUGAAGGGGCGUCUCCUGAAAACGUCAAGGUGAAGGAGGAGGAACCCGAGGCGUCGCAGGAGGCUUCCGCACCCUCUCCCGCCCCAGACAUCCAGAAGUGCCCCAAAAGCGAGCAGGCCAAGGCCAAGAGCAAGAAGAAGCCGAGCAGGUGCGCGAGCAGCAGCCUGCUGAUGGGCAACUGUCGGCGCGGCUACGUGCGGGAGUGGUCGCACCCCUGCACCGAGUGCGGGAAGCGCUUCCGCCUGAAAAUCAACCUCAUCAUCCACCAGCGGAGCCACGCCAAAGAGGGGCCCUACGAGUGCACGACGUGCGAGAUCAGCUUCGCGGACAAACGCCACCUGGACCGUCACCAGAACAUCCACAUAAAAGACAGGGCUUUCGGGGCCAAGGUCUGGGGGAACGUCCACCCAGAGCUGAGGAUCCGGCCGAGGGGGAAGUUCCACGGGAUUUUCUGCGGAGGCGCCCACAGCCUGAGCAACGGGACGUACGCUGGGGGGCCCUGGCUGGGCCAGGCCAAGGAGGAGCUGGACAGAGGGCAGCAGAGUCCCAAGUCUCGUAGGAAGCCUGCGAAGAAAUGCAGUUUUUGCAAAAAGAUUUUCUCUUGCACCUUUUCCCUUCAGCGGCACCUGCAGACCCACUUGGAGCACAGGCCGUAUUGCUGCGCCGCCUGCAAGAAAUGCUUCACCCGCAAAACUCACCUCUCCCGCCACGAGAAAAUACACGACCGCCAGAAAGCCCUGGCUGCGCUCCAGCAGCCUGCGGCCGUCGCGCCAGCGCCCCAGCAGCAGAGAGCGGCCCCGGAGGCGCUCGCCGGCGGCAGCAGCGGACGCGUUGCUCGCUCACCGGCGUCGGAGAGGAACGUUAGCCCCGCGGCCGCCGCAGGCAACGCGGUGCCGGCAAACGUGCCGCUGGUCAGUCCCGCGGAGCUCAGACGGGCAGCCAAGAGCUGCCACCUCCACGACUCGGGUGGCAGAGCCGGCCGGCCUGUGGUCAGACUAGGAAAUAGGGCGGAGAAAUGACACCAGGAGAGAUCCGAACCGCUCGUGUCCGCGGGGAGGAACUGCGUGAGCGUCGAUUUUGCACAUGGCGGGGCGCUGGGGUUCUGAACCAUCUGUCCGCCGGAUUUCAGGAGCUUUCCUGAAUUGCAGAAGGAAUCAAGAGCUUGGAGAGCAAAUUACAGAAGCCUCCAGUGAUCCAAAACGCUUUACCAUUCCUCAGGCUCUCGUGUCUGCUGGCUGACGCAUGAAACUUUCCGAAGCUGACCCUCCUGGGUGACCCCCAGGUGUGUCUCCUGCAGCCCAGCGAGAGGCAUCGCGGGCCGCGGCCGCGCUCACCCGUUACCUGACGCUGGGGCUGACCCCACGCGUUUGGAAGUCCAAUUACACAGUGAAGAGGAUGGAGAGAAGGGAAUCACGCUGGCGAGACAGGCGGGAUUCCCAAGGAGCCCUUCAUUCCACUGACAAAGCUGCUUGACCAAGAUGCCGGAUGGAGAGAGCGCGGCAUCUCCAAGACCCCCCACCGCGUCCUGGCCACGCUUGCCCUCGCCCGCCCCGGUGAGGAACCCCGCUAACCCCUCAGUCAGGCUGGGAACACCUCAGCAGUGCGCUGGAAGAUAACGCAGACCAAAUCGAACCACAACAUUUUCUGCCUGCGAGGGUGCUGCGGGGGUUUCUGGGGUCCCAGCCACACUCCUUCCUUCACCGAGGCCAGCCUGUGAGAGCCCGAAACACCCACGAGAGUUAAUUCCCUCAGGACCAGCCUGCACAGGUGGGGAGUGACUUCAGAAACGCUUCAGGGCUCCCGUGCAGGAGCAGCCCCUCGUCGGAAGGAAGCCCCCCCACUCCCCAAACUGCAGGUUAUCUCCUUUAGUCACGUGCAAAAUCCCACCGUAACUAAUCCUACGGAAGAGUAGUUCUGCUAGCUACCUCAAACGUCUUGGGGAGUGAGGCCUGCCCAGAGGCAGACGGGUGACUGGAGCCCGGAAAGCAAUGAAAGCCAGGCCAGGGGUGGCUCUGGCGUCCCCAGGAACCGCUCGGACCGCAGCCGGCGCGCGUCCCGUGCGCUGCUGGGAAGCACCGGUCGCGUACAGAGGGAGGAAAUGGGUCCUGGUGGCGUCGCCGUGCAGACCAAACCGAGCAGCUGUUGGGACUCUUGAGUUUUCUGGGGGUUUUCUUUGGUGGUAAUCACACAGACACCUCAGUACGGCUCCAUCCCUCUCCGGGAGGUUUGCUUAUCAUCAUCUUCAUUCCUGGCUGCUCACGAGGUCUGGCGGGCUGUGGGGGAGGCUGCCGCGGGCAGUGUGCUCUGGGCACCGAGGAGAUGCAUGGGCCGCGUCCCGCUGUGAUCCUCAGCGCCGAGCGGUGCCCAGCCCCCUCCCGCCCCGUCAGCGCUGCUCCCCGGGGCCGCAGACCACCUCCCGCUGCGCCUCUGGGCCAGCCCCUCCCUCGAUUCCUGUCCGCCGGCAUUGCGGGGCGCCUGGGCUGCGGCGGCGGCAGAACAAGGGCCGGUGCUGGGCUGUGCCGACCGAGCUGGUUGGAGACCCCAGCGGCCCCCACUUGAUCCCGGUGACACGGGACGAGUCAGCUGGUGCGAUGGUAUUGCUGGCGGGCAAUAUGGCCGUGGUGGCGUGGAGGGGCCGGCCUCUCCCUCUGCCCAACUGUCCCAACCGGGGCGUGUUUCUUCUGAAGCUGGUCUGACUGGGACUGGCGUUUCCUACACAAGCCCAGAUCCCUUUCUCAGGCCGUGGAAUCAAUAAACUACUUGUCUGUA